GAUGUGGACGUAACCGACUGCUGGGCACCGCCGCCUCUCCGAACCAAGAUGAACGUGCGAAAUAAGUUCCUCUUGGCCACGGAUAUGACGGUGACAUUGUCGGAAUCAACGCUACUCUUUAAAUAUGACCUGUCUUUCUCCAUCUCUUCCUGCUGCACUUUCAUCAAUUAGCUUAGUGGCUCUAAGAACUUUACCGGCAGUUGUCAUCUUCCCUCCUGCCUCGAGGAAAAGCAGUGCCAAUCAAUUCGCUACAGACCCCCGCGUCAUUAUUCUUCGAACUUUAGUUGUCCCUGCUCUUUUUUCCUCGUUAUGAGACUCCAAAAUCCCCUCUCUCUUCUGCUCGCAUCGGCAAAUCUGUGCGUCGCCGCACCGACAUUCUAUUGGCCGCCGUGGAUGACUGGAAUCGUUUCAACCAGCUGGCUUGCCCAGCACUCCUGGGAUCCAUUCAUUCUAGUCAUCGACACUCGACCCGCUGCAGAAUAUGCGGCAGGCCAUAUUCCGAAGGCCGUUAACAUUCCGUGGGCCGUUCCUUUGAGCGCCUGGAUAAGCUAUGGCCCCGACGACCUUUUACUCCAGUUGCCACAAGAUGAUUACUUGUUUGGCAACCUAAGCGCGGCAGGAGUAUCCAAGCUGAGGCGCAUCAUUAUCUCAAGCUCCAAGGCAACCCCGCCAUACCCACAGGCUGAAGCUGCGCGUAUCGCUAUGACAAUGCAGCUCGCUGGUUUCCCGCUCGUACACGUCUUGAACGGUGGUAUCACCAAGUGGCAGGCAGAGGGCAGAGUUGUUACGACCGUAGUUCCGAGCAUCACACCGAGCGGCAUCACUGGAUCGCUAGACCGCAGCGAUAUCGUCGACCGCGAGUAUGUCAAGGCCGCCAUCAACAACAAGAUUAUACUCGACGCGCGGGAUCCCUCAGUGUACAACGGCAGCGUUGUGGAGCAAUGGGCUUCUAAGCCCGGACACAUCCCUUCCGCCAAAAGCUUGCCCACGGCUUCAUUGUUGGACUUGCAAGGAAAUUACAAGGACAAGGCUGCGUUGGCGGAUGUUGUGGAAAGUGUUAUUGGGACAGACGUAGACAAGGACACUGAAAUCAUCGUCUAUUGUGGAGUUGGCGGCUAUGCCGGCGCAGUGUACUGGGUGUUGAAUACCGUGUUGGGUUUCUGCAACGUCAAGUUUUAUGAUGGGUCAUCGCAGGACUGGGUCAAGGUCUAUGAUAUGGAACUUUAGUGAAAUGAGAUUCUGUUUCCGUUC